CGUGUGUUUCUGGGAUGUUGGAGGAUUGACUGAGCGCUGAAUGUCAUGGCGACCAACAGCGAGCAACUUUCUUGUGGUUUCGUAACUGAUACAAAUCAAGAAGUCAACAACAAAGAGUGAAAACUGAGGGUCAACACAUUUUGUGUCCCAAUUUACAGAGCAAAGACAACAGAAAUUGUUAUCAAGAUUAAGAUUGGGAAACAGCUGAACCCGUUUUUGACAUGGAGUGUGCUGUGAACACUGGCCCUGAUGAUGAGCCAUCUGAUACUGCUGUUCCAUAUGAAGCCAUGAUUGUUAAAGAUGGGAGCGAGACCCCAAAAAAGAAAAACAAGAAACAUAAGAAACACAAAAGUAAGAAGAAACGCAAGAAGCGUAAGGGUGAAAAAGGCAGCAGCUCUGAAUCUGGUGUAGAGUCAGAUGGUGAUUCCCGAAAAAGAACAAGUCUGAAAAAGGAUGGCUCUUCUAACCCAGAGGUUGAUGAUCUUGCGAAUGCCACAAAAAACUGCACAGAAGAUGCAGAAGCUGAUGCUAAGGUUAAAAAGCAGAAACAUCGUGCUGUGAAAAAGAAGAAAAAACGACGGAAAGAGGAAGAAAAGCAAGAGAAAAAGUCCUCAUCUCGAUCAAGAUCAGGAAGUACCUCGGGGUCAGGGUCAGAAUCGGAACCAGACUCUAAGCAGUCACAAAAAUUGCUGAUGGAGUCUUUAAAGUUGGACAGGAGGUCUCCAAUGACUACUAUUAAAAUAGAUAAAAUUCAAGAUGGCACACCCGAACUAGAAGAUAAAAACAGAGAUAUAACAUCUGAUCACAGUGAAGAUGAAAGUUUCAAACUAGGAGAGAGAAGAAAGCUGAUUCCUGAGAAUGUACAUGCUCUAGUUACUGAAAGGGACGUAAAAGUGGAACCUAUUGAUGAAGAUGAAAGUUUUGGUAUAGCUCAAGCACUUCCUGAUAUUAUUCCCAAACAAGAGAAUGUGCAGAAGGACAUCUCAAAGGAAGCAAAUGGUAAUCAGAAGGAAAGAAAAAAACAGUCCCCUUCCAGGUCAAGGUCACGAUCACUUUCAGACACUAAAGGGAAGAAAUCCAAACAUAGUCGGUCCAGAACACCAAAGCAGUCGUCUGGUAAAUCAAGACGUGAUAAUCACAGAUCAUCUUCAAGGGACAGGUCUGUAUCUGCCUCUGGUGGAAAAGAUCGAACAAAACGAAGAAGCUCAAGAUCUCCUCCUAAAGCAACAAAGAAAACUGUACGGAGGUCAAGGUCGCUUUCUGGUAAAAGAGGGUAUCGCUCUGACUCAAGGUCUCGCACGAGGACCAAAAGAUCCAGGAGUAGGUCCCUACGACGUGGCCAUCGUUCAAGAUCUAGGUCAACUGGAAGAUCAAGACGGUCACGCUCAAGAUCAAAACAGUCUGUUUCAAGGAGGAAGAAUCGGCGCUCAAGAUCACGAUCCAGAUCUGUACGCCGAGGAAGACACUCAAGGUCACGUUCUCUAAAAAGGACACCUGUUUCUCGAGCAAGACGAUCCAGGUCUAGAUCUGUCAGAAGAGCAAGACGAACACGCUCAAGAUCCGUUGUGCUCCGUAGAAGAUCCAGAUCCCGCCCAAAAAGAAACAGAAGAUCAAGAUCUCUUCAUAGAAGAUCAAUUUCAAGAAGCCCAAGACGUCCGAGUAAAUCUCGAUCUCCCUAUCGCUCCAGGCCCUCUAAGUCACGUUCUCCUGCACUCCGUAAAAGGAAGUCAAAGUCUAUGAGCCCUCAUAGCACAAAGUCAGAAUCAGUAUCUCCUGUGCGACAUAAAAGAUCGAAGUCACGUUCGUCCUCACAUGGUUCAAAGUCUGAAUCACCAAAAUUAAGAAAGACCAAAAAGCAAAAAAGUAAACGGUCGAGGUCCAUUUCUCCAAAACGCAAAUCAAGAUCCAUUUCCAGGGAACAACAAUCAUCCGAUAGAAGUAUAUCCCCUUCCAUGAAAGCACACUCCAGAUCUCCUGCUAAAGAAGACAAGUCUUUAAAGGAUAAGAAUUCAAAAGAAACCUCAGAAACUACACAGAAACUUUUGGUAGCCAUUGAAGAAAAAAUUGAAGUAAAGGGGACAGCAGGGUCUGGUGGAUGGAAACCAGUGAUUACUGAAUGUACAUCUGUUCAAAAGCCAAUAAAUGAAGAUGUAACAUCAGAAUGUGACCCUCCAAGUAAAAAAAUCAGGGAAGAGCCAGAGGAUCCCUUUGAAUGUGAAGAAAGACCAAUCCGGUCCAGAUCUUUAUCCUUGGAGCCAGUUCCUCAACACGGUACAGCAGGGUCAGAAGAAGAUUAUCAAUCAGGGAGCUCACGAUCACCCUCACCUAUUACAAAAAAAGAUUCUAAGUCCUCCAACAGAACGUCACCUGUAAGAAAAAAACGCUCUAGGUCAACUUCAUCCACGAAGAAGAGACGAUCCAAGUCAAAAUCUGUUAGCAACAAGAGGAGGUCAAGAUCUCCUGCUAGAAAACAUAAGUCGAGGUCUCCAUCACAUAUUCGUAAAAAAAGGACAAAGUCAAGGUCACCUGUUCGUAAAAGGAGAUCUCGAUCCAGAUCAACAAAUCGAAGAGCAAAAUCAAGGUCGAAAUCUCACACAAGAAUAAAGCGCUCAAAAACAAAGUCCCCCAAGCGGAAACGGUCAAAGUCUAGAUCACCAGUUCGAAAGAGGAGGUCAAAGUCACCUGCAAGAAAGAGAAGAUCUCGUUCAAGAUCAAGGGCUCGGAGGUCACGAUCCAAAAGGUCGCGCUCUGUGUCACGCCGGAGAAGACCAGCAUUUAGAGGGCGAUCAUUUGACAGACGAGAUCGUUGGAAACGUGAACCAAGUCAUUCCCCAAUUUUAAUUCUCCGUAAAAGGAGGUCCACCUCAAGAUCUCGAAGGAGUUCUAGCAAGACGCCACCACGCCUUACUGACCUAGAUAAAGAGCAACUACUGGAGAUUGCAAAGGCUAAUGCUGCUGCAAUGUGUGCUAAAGCUGGAAUGCCCAUACCUGAAAGUCUCAAGCCAAAGGCAAUUCUACAGUUACCCCUGCCAACCCCAGCUCCAGCCCCCUUGUCUUUGCCUCUGCCACUGCCCAUGCCCAAUUUACCUAUGAAUCUGCCCAUGGGUAUACCAGGUAUGCCUCCAAUGCCAAACAUGACAAUGAACGCUGCUGUGGCAAGUAUGACUGCAGCGACAAUGACCGCUGCUCUCUCAAACAUGGGUGCACUGGCUGCUAUGCCCCCAAUGCCUCCACUUCCUACCAUUACCAACAAGCCCCCUCCUGCACCCACACCUAAUCUGGCCAGUAUUGAAGAGGUGAAGAGGAAAGUGACUCAACAAGCUAACAGCAUUAGCAUCAAGGAGUUCACAGAGAAAUGUAAACAAAUUGCACAGAGCAAGGAAGAGAUGAGUAUUGCACGGCCACAUGUUUCAGAUGAUGAGGAUGAGACACGGUAAUCCACUGUCCUACUCUAAUGGAUCUCACAUCUACCGAUGAUGGAAACCUGUGGCUUACAUUUUGGGUUAAAGAUGAACUCUGCCAGAGGCCAGUUUGGAUCUUGUAAAUGAGGCUUUUGUUGGCUCACAAGAGUCUGAUAUUUUGAGAAUCUGGACACUUGAAACUACAUUGAUUUCAGUGGUUAUCUUUAAAUUGUCCAAGCUACAUGAACCUUUUUUAUUUACAGUUAAUUAUAAACUAUGAGAUUAUACCAUUUAGUAUGUCUCAAGUUGGAACAAAAGGAGUAAAGUGUGAAACAGACAUGUGACCUGCCCAGACUGACAGUGAAACUUUUUUUUUUGUUACCCAUUACACAUGGUGCCUCUUGAUACCAUAAAGAAGGACCUCUCUGGUACAUUUAUUUCAGAUUUAUAGGUGUACCUAAAAGAAAAAAAAUAUUUUGGGGUGCAACUUAGAUCACUGGUCAAGUCUGUUGGUCCACACUUUCAGAGGUUCUGUUAACGCAUAGAUAAAUGAUCAUUUUAGAAGUAUUCCCCCGCUGUAUUUUAAAGUUUAUUAAGUGUUAAUCACUUAUUUAAAUGCAUAUAUGGUGAAGAUAAUUGUUUUUUUGUUCCUUAACACUUUGUGAACUUUUAAAACAAAUUAAAUGUUGAGGUUCAGAAAUGUGGCUGUACUUGAGUGCUAUAUUAACAGAUGAUUUUUGCAUUGAUGUGCAUUGUAAGGGUUUUGACCACUGACUUUCUUUUAGUUAGUUACUUUGGUUAAACCUUGCUGUGUGCUUGUGACUGAUAUUGUGCUCUGAUGUAAUCUAAAAUAAUAUUACAGAGAAUGAACAGUCAUUGAUGAGAUUUUGGGAAUUAUUUUCACAAUUUUAGUGUAUCGUACAGUGCAUCAUUAUGAACAUGAUGCAGUUGUGUGGUACACAAGUGCAGUUUUAUUGAUGAACUGAAAUAUUUGACCCCGGCAUAGAUGCAGGGUGGAAUGCUGUAUUUUCAGUAGAACAUUUCACCAUUCUAGAUGAGGGGUGAUUAAAAUGAAUAUGAUUUGCAUACGAUUUUCGUUUAGACAAAUGUACUGUAAGAUGUACUAUAUACUGUGUAGGUGUAUUUUGUCGUUUUUUUUACCUCUCCCCUCCGCUGUCUUCUGCUAUGGUGGAGAUCACUUUCCAAUUUAUUUAAGAAAUGUGAUGAUGGCACAGCUCCUCAUAAUCUGGAAAAGUCAUAAUGUUAAGGUUAACAAUUAGUUUAUUUAACUUGACAGGAUGUCUUACACUACAUUGCUAAGUUGUAGAUUUAACAGUGUAUUACCUAUGGUGAAAAAAGUGACACCCACUUCUUUCCACAGCUUCGUUCCACCUGUAGUGUAGUGUGCAUAUAAAUAAUUAAUUAGAUUUAAUAUGAACAACAGAUUUCAAACUGGAAAUUUGAUUUUCAUUUUGUUCACUCAAAGAGGGUGUUUGCCUGGAAAAAACAAUUCUAGUAUCAUCUCUCACCCUUUCAAAAAUGACACAAUUGGCUUCUCCAGAACUUCUCCAGACCAGAAUUUUUUUUUUUUUUUUGGUUUGCAUUGACACCAUUGGAGUUAUUUUAGGAAAGAAUUAAUUUUUUUUAAUUAUGCCUUUAAGUAUGAAUACGGCCCUGGUUUCUUUAAGGUUAACAUGGAAAAGUUCUUCUGCAGGUACAAGCCCACAUUCCUUUCAUAAAAAUGUGAAAGAUCUUCAGUUUUGACAAAGCAUUUUUUUAGCCUUUACAUCACAUUGUGAAACAUAAUGGCACACAAUCUUUGUUAAUAGUGCAACAUCAAAUAAUAAAGGAAACAAUCAAAAUCACUUUGAAAA